UUAGAAUAUUCUAUUAAUUAUGCAAUUAAGUAAGAACAUAUAUAAAGGAUGUGAAAAUUGAUACAACCCGUCUAGCAAUGGCAGCUUUGGCUUUAUUAGAAGACAUUUUCAAUGGACAAAUCCGGAGAGAACGAGUUUUUAGGGACCACGGUGAUUUUCUGGCCCACGACGAUGACUGGCUCAUCAGCCGUUUCAGAUUUCCAAGGGCUAUACUCUUGGAGCUCUGCGCUGAGUUGGGUCCGAAUUUGGAAAGAGAGACAGUGAGGAGCCACGCAUUACCCGUUCCUUUACAGGUGCUUACUACACUUGGUUUCCUAGCAACCGGUUCUUUCCAAAGAGAACUGGCAGACCGCUCAGGAAUAAGCCAGUCGUGUUUGAGCCGUGCAAUGCCACCUGUAUGGGACGGCAUCAUCCGCUUGUCUACCAGGUAUAUAACGUUCCCAUACGAUGCAGGUGACCAGCCAAACAUCAAAGCGCAAUUUGCAGCGAUAGCCGGUUUUCCUAAUGUAAUCGGAGCGAUCGACUGCACACAUAUUGCUAUAAAGGCGCCAUCUGAAGACGAAUUUGCAUAUGUGAAUCGGAAACAUUUCCAUUCAAUAAAUGUGCAGAUUAUAUGUGAUGCACAAAUGCGCCUAACAAAUAUUGUGGCAAGGUGGCCUGGGUCAACCCAUGAUUCAUAUAUCCUUACAAACAGCAUGGUUGGGAUGAGACUCCAAGCUGGCAGGGUGCGCGAUGGGUGGCUACUUGGAGACAGUGGUUAUCCACUAAAGACGUGGCUGUUAACCCCCCUCACCAACCCACAAACUGACCGAGAGCGCAGAUACAAUGAUGCCCAUUCCCGCACUCGGUCAGUUGUGGAGCGGGCGAUUGGGCAGCUGAAAUGUCGGUGGCGCUGCCUUGACAGGACCGGGGGGAUGCUGUUAUACCGCCCUGACAAGGUUUGCCGCAUCAUACUGGCCUGUGGAGUGCUGCACAAUGUCGCGCACAGGCAUGGCAUACCCCUUGGUGAGGUGGGGGCACCGCCAGAGGACCCUGACCCAGGACCAGUAUAUGUGCAGCACAAUCAACAAGCCAUUCAGGCCCGUCAACGUGUAAUUGCGACAAUAUAAAUGAACAGCAUGCGUCAAGACACGGUCAGAUGGACGGGCUUCAGCACUGGGGGGAACAUUAGAGACACGGGAGACGCUGGACUGAAUGGGCUCUGGCUGCUCAGGUGGUGCGGACUCUGAGUGCGUGCCAGUGGACGUUCCUGCGGUUCCUAAGUCCAAUUAAACACAGGCACAUCUUAACAGUAAUUUGAGUCUGUUCCUUAUUAAUGGGUACACGCAUUUGCAAUAAAAGCAGUGGAUACGUGAAAUCUCUGGUGUACCUUUUGCUAUAUUGCAUGCAUUUUAAAAUUAAACGGUGGCUGGCUAUGUAUAUCAAAGUUAAGGAAAUAAAUCUGAGUCACCUUG